AUUUUUGUUCUUCUUAAUUCUCGAUACCACUUUGUUUACAGAUGCGGCGGAGACUCUCCGAAAUUUCGUCUUCAGGAUGGUGCCUGGAAAAUCAGAUUCAGAUGGAGAUGAAACAGCCACUGAACCAGUCAAACAAGUCAAGGUGGAAGAGAGCACCGAUUUACUCUCGGUGAUCAGGAAACAUGGCUUCAUUUUGGGAAUUUUGUUGAUGGUUUGGCUCGUCGGAUACCUCGGCUUCAGUGCAUUAUGGCUGCUGCUCAUCGUUAUUGUCAGUGUGUGGAGAGAUCGCGCCAGCCGUCGCAAGGCCCAGUCGACGGAGCUCGCCAGGGCAGCGGUGGAGAAUGAGCGGGAGAGCAUCGUUGGUGUCGUGAGAGAUCUACCGUCAUGGGUAUACUUUCCUGACAUUGAGAGGGCAGAAUGGCUCAACAAGAUCGUGAAGCACCUUUGGCCAUACCUGGAGGGCUAUGUGGAGGAUCUCUUGAGAACAUCCGUAGAACCUGCUGUCCAGGAUAAUCUACCCUCUUACCUCAAGUCAUUCCGUUUUGAGAAGAUCAGACUGGGAAGAUAUUCACCCCGAAUUGGAGGAGUGAAGGCAUACACAGAGCAUGUAGGAAGAGAUGAAAUGAUUCUGGAUUUGGAGAUAUUCUAUGCGGGUGACUGUGACAUUGAAAUCAGUGUGAAGACUGUCAAGAGAUUAAAAGCAGGAAUACAAGAUCUACAGCUCCAUGGUAACUUGAGAGUAGAGAUGAGACCAUUGGUUAACAAGAUGCCUCUGGUUGGUGGGAUGUCAAUCUAUUUCUUGAACAGACCGGCGAUAGAUUUCAAUCUUACCAACCUGGCUGACUUACUUGAUGUACCAGGACUAAGUAAUCUGCUCCAUGGUAUCCUGGAAGACCAGUUUGCAUGUUUCCUGGUGUUACCAAACAGGAUCCCGAUCACCCUCAUUGACACGGUCGACCUCAAUGAACUCAAGUACCCAAUGCCAAAGGGAGUGUUGCGUAUCACAGCAGUCGAAGCAAGAAACCUGGUCAGAGCUGACAUGGGUCUACUCAAGAAGGGCAAAUCUGACCCGUAUCUGGUUAUCAAUGUUGGAAUGCAGAAGUUCAAGACCAAAACAAUCAACAACAACCUGAAUCCAAAGUGGAAUCAGACAUUUGAGGCCAUAGUGUAUGAAGAGCAUGGACAGACAUUAGAUGUGGAUUGUUGGGAUGAGGAUCCGGGAAGCAAAGAUGAUCCACUAGGAAAUCUGAGCAUCGAUAUUCACUACAUUUCCAAGAUGGGAACCUUUGAUUCUUGGUUGCCACUGGAAGACAUCAAACAUGGUGAUCUCCAUCUUCAUCUGGAAUGGCUUGUUCCUUCAGAGAACUUUGGUAUCAUUCAUGAACAAGUGGCGGAUUGCUUACAGGUUGCCACACCGACCUCAGAAUCCCUCUUUUCUUGCGCCCUUCUGGUGGUCAAACUGGACUCUGCUAAGGACCUUCCGGUAUCAUCAAGAUCCACCAGUAUGCCCAGUCCUGUGUGUACACUUAAGGUUGGUCAGACCACACAAAAGAGUCAUGUUCAACAAAAAACAAUGCGUCCUGUGUGGGAGGAGACCUAUCAUUUCUUGGUCAUGAACCCCGCCAUGCAGUCACUGGAUGUAGAGGUCACAGACAGUAAGAAGGGAAACAAACUUGGUAAUGUGAACAUCCCUCUGAAACAGCUGUUGCUGAGCCAGCCAAACAUGGUGAUUGAAAGACCGUUCAAACUGAGUAGCUCGGGUCCUCAGAGCACCAUUACACUCAAGAUGUGUUUAAGGGCUCUUGAAAAAGGUGUAGGAAGACAACAGGGUCCCUUUGAACCUAUGUCUGCUUUGGCUAAGAACCAGAAGCUUGACGACGAUGAGGAUGAGGCUGUAUUCGAUGAGAACCCAGAUGCCUCAAUGGAGAAAUCCCUGGAGAAGUCAUCGGAUAACAAAUCGGACCCCCCUGCAGCUGAUGUGACCGUCAACGGCCCUGGUCUGGAGGAGGAGGGCGAGGGCGCUUCGACCAGUCAGAACAUCUCCACGCCCCCUAAUGGAACCUCCCCCGGGGUGGGAGAUGGAGAGACCAGCGGGGUGGAGCUGAGGAAGAGAAACAUCCAGCCAUAUGUUUAUGAGAGUGGCGAAAAUGGUCUCGAACCCCUUGAGAAUGGAGAUUCCAAGGCCCCAUUCCCAUAUGGUCGUAUUCAGAUGACGAUAAGAUACAGUUCACCAAGGGGAAAGGUUAUAGUGGUGAUCCAUAAGGCUUCACAACUGACGAUCCCAGACUCGGAAGACAUGCCCGAUUCUUACAUCAGGGCGUACCUUCUACCAGAUAAAUCUAAAGGUGGUAAACAGAAGACCAAAGUCAUCAAGGAUACAAGGGAUCCGGUGUUUGACCACACGUUUGAGUUUUCCUGCACAUCGACUGAGUUGUCAGAGAGAGUUAUUGAUAUCUGCGUCAAGAAUUCAGGCUCUUUCCUUCAUCUUAGUAACCCAACGAUUGGCCAGGUGGAUGUUGACCUUGCAACCUUAGACCUUAGCAAAGCCACAACAGAAUGGUAUAACCUAAAGAGGAUUAGUCCCGACUCUGUAUCUCGGCUCUCAAUGAGCUUCACCUCGUGACCUCAACCCACCAACCAAGCUAUAAAGACUACCUUGAUACAAGGCUGAAAUGAUGCACAGAACACAUCUAUAGACUUCACAUCUUAGACACCUUGUCAAAAGUCUCUGCCAUGUUUUUUUAUCGGAAAUACCGCUAUGAAAAGGAACGAUGCGUCUUUUCGUAAGCGGCUUUCCCGUUUGUUUCCCAUUGUUACUGUAUUAUGGAACGUGAAGACUGGUAAAUGAAAACGCCACUUGCAGGAUUCCUGCUAUCUGGCUUUGAUGAUGCAUGGAUUAAUCUUUGUUCACAUAUGGUGCAGGUAAUGACAGUUAUAAACAACAUUUUAUUUGUGCAUGAUUCAUCAUAUCAGACACAUCAUUUCAUACCAUAUGGAGUAUCUCUUUUUGUUCACACACACUUACCCAACUCGGCAAUAUUUACCCUAUUAUGCUCGGGUAGAAAAGAGUUGGUCGGACUGAAUAAAUUGUUCCUAGGGUAGUGCCAUACACAUUUUGUCAUUCAAUAUUGCAUACUGAUGAUAAAUUGAAAUAAUUAUAAUGAUAAUAUAAUUAUAAUAAUUUUUUUGUAUUUCACUGCAUCAUAUGUGAACAUCCCUCAAUGAAAAUAUUCACAAAGAUUGCAAUAUGGGAUUCAUUAACAGCAUGAGUGUAUUCAUUCUUGUGUGUAAAAAAAAGAUUAAUUGCUUCACACUCGACUGAAAAGUUUGUACGAUUGUGGCACUCUCCUUUCUCUUUGAUACUUGCCUAUUAAACAACUACCAGGUAUAUGGUUUUCACACAAUGCACCACUUGUCUCAUAAACGAUUGGCUUGCUCAUUCUAAGCAUUUCCACAGUAAAUCAAUAUUCCUAAGCAUUCAUAUUUAAUUGUAUAUGUAGAUGUUUGACUUCCAUGAAACACUGAAAUGCUUUGAAAAGCAACAUGUCAGUCAAUGUUGUUGCAUUGAAUUUCUUCUAUUCAACAUGAUCUUCUAUUGUCCAAAUUUGUUUCUGAGAUUUUUGUACUGCAAAUGUUGCCCAAACAUGCCAGCAAGUUUCCAUUUAAGAGUCUUUGGAGCUUUUGGAAUGCAAGCGCUAGUGAAAUGGCUGUGUGAAUUUUCGAUUCUAUUUGUACAUUUAAAAAAAAAAUUGUGCUAUUUGUUUUGUUGGGGUGCUCAUUUUCAUAUUGCCAAACAAACACUUGUAAUACAUUUAACCUAGCAACUUAUUUAAUAUUUACUUUAUGCACAGUAUAGAAAGGAUAUUCUACUGACUUGCAUGCUUUUGAUCUGCAUUACUUCUGAUAAUAUUAUUGGUAAUAAUGACAAUAAUAAUAAUGAUAAUGAUAAGAAAUGAUAAUGAACAUUAAUAGUAAAUAACAAUGGGCAGUUACAUACUACAUAGCACUGCAUAUCUAGAAAUGAUCUAAUCCCAAGCACACUAUAAUCUUCAUUAUGGAAUAAAACUAAUGUCAAGCUCAACACAUAACAUACUGAAUACAAAAUGAAAUAUAUACAUCUACUUAAAACUAAAUCACACUUUAAUAUACAAUAUAAAAUGGUUGUGUAUAAGGGUUUAAUGUUAUGCCUGGGCACUAUAUUAAUGAAUUAAUAUACUCCAUGGUCUUAGAAGUUACAGGGAGAACAGACUCGAGUUGGUUGUGUAUGAAUGACGAUCUAUACAUUAUAUCUUAACGAUUAGGCAAUCCAUUACAACGUGGAUGGUGGAUGAUGAUGCCCAUAUCUUGUGAAAUCAUGAGGAUGUUUGUGGUUGUAGAAUUGUGUGCUUUGUAUACCCCUUCCUUUGUUCUGUGUUGUAAAUUUAUGAUAUGGUAGGGAAUGAGUUGCUAUAGAGAGUAAACAACGUGUGAUGAUGUUAUGGUUUUAUGUUUUGAUAUAAAACUGCAAACAAAUCUUUGUACUGUAGUAUAUUAAGCACAUAUAGUGAUACCACGUGAUAUAAAGAAAGUCAAUGUACUUGUUUUUAUCCGGAAAGGUAUUUAACUGCUUUUGAUAAGUUGAUCGGGAGUUGCUACUAAAAUAAUAUUUUAUUAUUUUGCCAGGUUCAUAAUAAUUUCAGAUUAUAGGCAUAUGUGUUAGUUUAAAACUCCUUAAAAUUGUAUACUUGUAUAAUGUGAAGAUAAAAAAAAUUGUUGUUCUUCCACUGUAAUGUAUUAAUAUGUUUUAAAGAUUUGUCAUGUUAUAUACGUAUUGUCAAUGUCCCAAGUACGUCUGUUGUCCUCAUGAUGUUGAUAUAUGUUUAUCGUGUCAUUUGGAUUGGACCGUGAUGGUGGAUGGAAACAGUAAAUGGUGGUGGAAUACUAGGACUAUUCAUAAAGGAAACGGUGUUAAACCAAGAUGAUUCUUUUUCAUUUUGCUUGAAAUGAGAGAGUGGGCACUGCCGGUUUUGGAGUUUUUAUAUUUAGCCAUGAAAUAUUGAAUUGUCUAAUUGCCAUUUAUGAGCUUUACCAGUACACAAGGACCAUCCAGAAGUGAUGGGUUAACGCGUCAAGGUAGACAUAGGGAAGUUAGCUAGCCGCAGACUUUGAGGCAGGGUAUACAGUCAUGUAGUGAAAGCUAGAUAUAUUAUGUCAACUUAUGUUAUGAUAUAUUUCUAGAGAGUUGAUAUGAAAAUUGGCACCAGCGCUGUACAGUAUAUGAAAUUUGCUUAUUGAACGAAAAACAUCAAAUAACUCCUCCAACAUCUAUCUACAUGUAUUUCUGUUGUUUUUAGGGUGCCAUCCCACUCAUGGUUUUCAGAUACACAGCAACAUAUUUGUGAAUAAUUUUUUUGAUUUUUGAAAUAUUUCAUCGAACUAGUGUACAUUAUGUAUCAUAACUUUGCUUUCAGAUUUUCAUUUUGUAAUUUUGCUUUCAGAUUUUCAUUUUGUAAAUGGAUUCUUCCAGUUUGAAGUGAAAUCAAGUCUUUUUUUCUAUGGGUGUAACCUAAUUUCUCUGUGAUCUGUGUACAUUUUUUUUAUUUGAUGUAGAAUAAGAUUACACAUGUACAUAAUUAGUUUCUUGUAUUUGCUUAAGAGCAGGUUAAGGGGUCCUAGCUUACCAAUAAAAUGGCUGAAUUCAACUCUCAUGUUGGUUUGCAAUUGAACGUCUGAAAUUCAAUGAAAAUUAUAUUUUGGUGUAAAUCAUAGAUUUUUCAAUUAUUUCAAUUACAUUUGUCAUUCAUCAAGUUUUGAAUGGAUUUUGCAAGAUGAUGUAUAUUUUUUAAUCUCCCUUUCCUGUGUAUUCAUGCUGCUAAAAGAUGUUUUAAAAGUAUUUCUGUUUCAGAAGAAAUGUUCCUUGAUGUUUAGAACUGACAUGGUGCAGUGGUUCUGAAUCUUGCCUUGUAAUCAAAGGGUUGUGUGUUCGAAUGCCGUCGCAGCUAGUAUCCUUUGGCAAGGCGUCAGUGCACACUUUGUCACUUUCCACCCAGGUUUUGAAUGGGUACCCGAUCAGAUGCGAAAGCCAGUGUAGUAAUGCCUUGCAAUUGAGUUUGGAAACUCUUGUUUGAAUGGUCCCCAGGGAGUGGAGAAAGUGCAUACCUUAUGUGUGUGCAAGCAAGAAUCACAUGGUUGGUUUGCUUUGUCAUAGAUAUAUCAAAGACCCCUUGCUUAAUUCUAAUCAGUCGACCAGAAGACUUAUGGCUUAUAGUCUCCACCAAGGGAUUUCAGAUUCAGAAUCAACGCCUUUAAUACCUAUAUGACUUGCAUUGACUUGCUUUUUCUCUCUUUUAACCCAAGGACGAGACAGUGAGCCACUGUAUAGCGCAUCAUUUUUCAUUUAAACAAAAUUAAAUCACGUACCAACAGACAUGCCCAAUGUCUUCUACGCAGAUAAUGCCUGAUUAAACUUUAUUGUGUUCUGAUGGUUAAAGAAGUUUGAGAGAUUCACCUAUUCUUAAGUAAAAAGUCUUCCAUCAUUCUGUAACUGCUCAUUGGCAGAAAAGUUAUGUCCAUGUAUCAUUGGUGAUGGCCGCCUGUUUUUGUGAAUCUGUUUUUUAAGAAAGGCAUCAGAGGGUCUAUUUCUUGAUGUUUUAUUUUCAUUUUUAAGUCUAUUAUAAUAUUUUUCAAAUGAAAAUAUUUUUUAAAGGAAAAAAAGGCUUUCUUUUCUACUUUCAUCAUAUCGUAUUCCCCAUUCCAUCAAACAUAUCAAUUUCUGGUCGUGAAAAUUGUCUUAGCUCCUAUACCAAACUAUAUAUCUAAUGGUAAUAACCUGUAAGUAUUUCUAUUUAUCAUUAUGAUUUUUUUCAUUUGUCAUUGUGUGAUAUUUCCGUCAUAUCAGAUCUUUCUUUAUGGAAUAAAAACACAUCUUUUAUCAGGUAAUCAUUCUAUUUUUAAAAUGCGGUGUGUGCAUCUUUCAUUGCUCCAAAACAUUUUUUUAUAAUAUCUAAUAUUUUCUUCUUGUCCAUUGGCCGUCUUUUUAGUGAAUCUUGUUCUAUAUCUAGGGUUAGACUUGUCUUUCAAAGAAAUGAAUGCUUUGCCAAUAACGUUAGUAAUUAAUCUUGAAAUAAAUUAAUUGUUCUUCGUAAAAGUCAUUGUCUUUGCACUUUUCUUUGUGAUGAAAUGAAAACAUUGAAAUUCUAUUUGAUUCCUGCCAAAGCAGAAAUUAUUAGAAAAAAAAAAAGUCAAAUUCACUCCAGAAAUGCUACACUUUGUAUUGUUUUUUUAAUGGUUAAUUUUCUUGCCUUCAAAGAGUUCAUGAUUUUAUUUUAAAUGGAUUGGUAAUGCAGUUUGAUUUCAAAUUCUAACAUAAAGGUGUUAUUUUAAUGCCAUUCAAUGAUAUGAAUCACUUUCAAAUAAGGUUGACUAAGUGACUUUCAAAUAUUGCACUGCAUUAAGAAAAUGAAUUAAAUAUCACAAAAUAACAAAUUUUGAUAUAGUGAGAUCCCUGUACAAGAAUGCACAAUACAAAAAAGUGACAUUCAUUGUAUAGUUAUUGAGAACCAGAAUGAUACUGCUUAUGUAAAAGUCAUAUAUAUAUAUAUAUACUAGUUUGUAUAUUCACAAACUUUUUUUAUCUGUGCAAUGUAUUCUGGGUAAAUAUAGAUAAAGGAAUAACCGUUGGAUAUAAAUAUGAAGUUUUUUAUGAUGUAUUUUAUUUUGGUCAAAAAAAUUAUAAUGUUUAUAGGAAUUUUGAGACAACUUAUCCCAUAUAACGCUAUUUUAUAAUGGUUUGGAACUACUUGGCCUGUAUCUUCGCAAAUAUGAAUGUGUGUUUGUUAUGACAAGUGUAUUGUUUUAGACAUUAGAUUGUUCAAUCUUUUUAUUUGUGAAAUGUAAAAGUGGUGAAAACUUUGGUUUCUUGUGAAAUAUUAAAUUAUGUUAUUUGUGCACAUCUCA